ACUGUUCGUUCUCAGUAUGACUUGAGGUUUUUGACAGAUUGUUGCGUAUAACGUGAUAGUUGUACAAUAAUACAAACACAUCCGUAAAGUGAAGGCUGCAAACAUCAAAGAUAAAAGAAGUUAUCAUUUAUUACGAUAAAAGUGAAUGCUAUUGAGUUUGUAGUUUCACGUGCAAAGUAGGUUUUAUUGCAAUUUCGACGAUAUGUCCAAUUAUUUCGAGGAAAUGGGUUGGACGCCCUUAGAUGACGGACAAGCGCCGAAUCACCUGAUUCAAAUGGCACGUUUUUUGCGAGAUUCUGGCAUGUGGGAAUUACUCGGAGAAGACACAAAACUUCCACCGCCAGCGUCAAAAAAUGCAGUGGAAACUUUACCGGAGAUUAAGAUUGAAUCCAGUGAAACUAAACAGUGUCCAGUUUGCUUGAAAGAAUUCGAGGCGAACGAUAAAGCGAAAUCGAUGCCUUGUCAUCACGUGUUUCAUCAUCAAUGUAUCGUACCCUGGUUAGAAAAGACCAAUUCGUGUCCACUCUGCCGAUACGAAUUGCCGACAGACGAUGAAGAAUAUGAAAUGUACAGGAAAGAGAAGAAGCGAGCGGUAGAGAGGGAGAAAGACUUGGAAUCUCUACAUAAUUCUAUGUUUACGUAGGAAAUAUAUUAUAUAACUUUUUAAAGAAAAAUUAUCUUGUAUAUUCUAUAAGUUGUCACUACAUUCAAAAUAUCAUUCAUCACAACAAGCGCCUUGUAUUACUGGUAGUUGGGAAAGUAGAUAAAAAUGUCAACAGUCACGCUCAAUGUACAUUUGUAUAUUAAAAAUAGUUAUACUUACCGUUUAUUAAUAUAAAGAAAAUGUUUUAUAAUUACGAAAAUGUAUAAAGAAACAUAUAAUGUAUAAUAAAAUUAUAUUAAUAUGUAAUAUAAUUACAUUCAUUUGUAAUAUGUGAAAUAAUGUUGAUUGAAUAAAGAGACAUGAAUUAUUAAU